GGAUCUACCAGUUUGUAUACAAGGAAGUAAGGUCAUGUGACAAUUAAGAGAGAUCUUUGUCUGUUUUUAUUGUUUAUUAUUCCAAUCAAGCAUUUUAUAGUUGACCAAACUGCAAAAGAUGAUUUUAAAACAAUUUUAGUUCAAGUUAUACACACGUUUUUAAUAAGGUUUGUGGUUUAUAGUCAUAUUUCAUUAUCCUCUUCAGCAGUUUACCAUAUCGAAUAUUGUUUUGACAAUUUAAACAAGAUUUAGUUUAUUUACAAUGCAUUACUUCUAUAAAGUUAAGUUUGAAUAUAUGUUAUAUGUAUUUUAUUUCGUUUUUCAGAUAGAAUUGAAAUCGAUUCUGCACUAAUAUGGGAGAUGUUAACUUAUGCUAUAGAAUUUUCACAAUAUUGACAAGAAGGAAGAUAAUCAGUCAGGGUACCAUUGAGCAAUCUGACUUGUCAAGGUGUUUAUCAUUGAUUGACUUAACUUUUUUGGGGGUAGGAUCAACUUUAGGAGCUGGCAUAUACGUUCUUGCAGGACAAGUUGCAAGAGAUGUGGCAGGUCCGGCUGUAAUAGUGAGCUUUUUCAUCGCCGCACUCGCCUCUAUUCUCUCUGGGCUCUGUUAUGCUGAAUUUGGAGCAAGAGUACCUAAAGCUGGAUCAGCUUAUGUCUAUUCUUACGUUACAGUUGGGGAAACAUUAGCUUUCAUUAUAGGUUGGAACUUGAUAUUGGAAUAUAUAAUUGGUGUAUCCAGCGUAGCAAGAUCAUGGAGUGCUUAUAUGGAUAGCUUUUUCAAUGGUGUAAUUGCAAAGCAUUUUCAGGAAGCUAUGCCUAUGCAUGUUAAAAUGUUCUCAGAUUAUCCAGACUUUUUAGCUUUUGCGCUAUGUAUUGUUUUAGCGAUUAUACUUGCAGUUGGCGUUCAAGAAGCCUCAAAAUUCAAUCUUAUAUUCACAGGAUUGAAUUUACUUGUUGUGAUAUAUGCUGUUACUGUUGGUGCGUUUAAGGCGGAUAUAAAGAAUUGGGAGAUAAAUACAACUUCUCUACAUAAUAAUACUAGAUACGGAACGGGAGGAUUUGCUCCUUUCGGUUUUAGGGGAAUACUCACUGGGGCGGCCACCUGUUUUUAUGCUUUUGUGGGAUUUGAUGCUAUUGCGACAACUGGAGAAGAAGCAAUAAAUCCUCGAAAAAAUAUUCCUUUGAGUAUAAUAGCCUCAUUACUAGCGUGCUGUUUAGCAUAUUUGGCCACUUCAACUAUAAUUACUCUUCUUGUGCCCUAUUAUAAUUUGGAUGAAAAUGCUGCUCUUCCAUUAGCAUUCCGUCAAGUUGGUUAUCCAAUUGCACAAUACGUGAUAGGUGUUGGAGCCAUGUGUGGUUUGACAACGUCCCUGCUGGGAAGUAUGUUCCCUGUGCCUCGAGUUAUUUAUGCCAUGGCGAGCGACGGUUUACUUUUUCACUUUCUCUCUGUUGUCAAUGAUAAAUUUAAAACGCCGGUUAGAGCUACAAUGGUUGCCGGGUUAAUAGCAGGAAUAUUUGCUCUACUCUUUGAUUUAAAGUCCUUGGUUGAUAUGAUGUCAAUAGGAACCUUGUUAGCAUAUACACUUGUUGGUAUAUCUGUGUUAGUUCUCAGAUAUAGGAUAGAAGAAGAAUCGAAUCAUAAAGUUACUCUUUCUAUUUUAUCUAUUGUAAUGGCAUCUGCUUCAAUAAGCAUGUAUGUGACUUUUUUGGGGAACGAAAUCGCAGAAGGAAAAUGGUGGGCAUUAUUGUUAAUAAGUAUAUCUGGAUUGAUCGUCCUAUGCUGUACCAUUCUCGUUGCUGUACAACAGCAGAACAAUGACGACAUUUAUUUUAAAGUUCCUCUUGUACCUGUAAUUCCAAUUUUGAGUAUUUUUGUUAACGUAUUCCUGAUGUUUAAACUGCGUGGGCCAACGUGGGUACGAUUUGGAAUAUGGAUGGGCUUAGGAUUUCUAAUAUAUUUCAUAUAUGGCAUUCGAAAUAGUUCAGCAAAAGAGAAUAUCAGAAAGGAAACGGAUGAUAUAGACUAUCCAGAAACGCUGCAUAAUGAUAAUGAAAAAUUAAUUAACUAA